UAAAAUGAGGAAGCUGUGCAGAGCCAUGGGAGGGGCCUGGGAUCCACGCCUUGCCAUCCAAACACUGUGAGUGAGUAUGGCCAGCAGAAGUGCUCAUCUGCAGGAUGACCUUUCCUGUCCGAUCUGUGGUCAUAUUCUCAGCAAGCCAGUGGUGCUCAAUUGCAGGCACCGAUUCUGUAAAGCCUGUCUGAAAGACAGCUGGGACACACAAGGCGCUGGGGAUUCACACUACUGUCCUCUGUGCUGGCGCCGUUCCUCCAUGGAACAAAUAGUUGUGAGCUCGGUGCUGGAGAAGGCCUGUGAGUCGUUCAAGGAGGACAGCAGGAAGAACGACCCAGAGGCUUGUAAAGAACAUGGGGAGAAGCUCUCCAUGUUCUGUUUGGAGGAUUUGGAGCCGAUCUGUGGGGUGUGCGUGAAGGCAGCUGCACACGCCGGACACAGGCUUUACCCCAUCGGGGAAGGUGCUCAUGACUGUAAGGAGGAACUGAAGAGUGCCCUGGUGCCUCUGAAAGACAAGUUGCAGCUGUACAAGAAGGCGAAAGUGGUCUGCGAGGAGAUGGCCGAACACGUGAAGAACCAGGCCGAACACACUGAAACACAGAUCCGAGAAGAAUUCGAAGCCCUCCAGUGUUUCCUGAGGGACCAGGAGGCUGCAAGACUUUCCUCUCUAAAGGCUGAGGAGGCUCAGAAGAAGCUGAUCCUUAACCAGAGGAUCGAGGAGAUGAACAAUGAAAUGACGUCUCUCUCCAACACCAUCAGAUUAGUGGAGCAGGAGAUGAAAUGUCACGACAUCGCAUUUCUUAAGAAUUACAAGGAGACCGUAAGGAGAACCUGGCGGAAUUCCCUUGACCCACAACGGAUUUCUGGUGCUCUGAUCGAUGUGGCCAACCACUUGGGCUCACUGAAGUACAAAGUGUGGGAGAAGAUGAAGAGUAUAGUUAGAUACAACCCUGUGAUUCUGGAUCCCAACACAGCAGCAAGCUGCUUCAUCCUCUCGGAGAAUCUCACAGUGGUACAGAACUCUACCCAGAUCUUCAAGCUGCCAGACAACCCUGAACGCUUUGACAUCAGUGCCGAGAUGCUGGCCGCUGAGGGCUACUUCUCUGGACGCCACACCUGGGAGGUGGAGGUGAAGGACAACACCUACUGGGUGGUGGGAAUCGCCAGCGACUCCAUCAACAGGAAGGGGAAGCACGUGCUGACACCAGCGGAGGGGUUCUGGACUAUUCGCUUUCGCAACGGAGAGCACAAGGCCUGCACGGCGCCAUGGGAGCCGCUGACCAUGACGAAGAAGCCGGGAGUAAUAAAAGUGGUUUUAGACAUGGACCGAGGCAAGGUGUCCUUUUACGACCCUGGAGAGAGGACGCCUCUCUACACAUUCAUGGAUGUCAUCACACCCAGGGCCUUUCCCUACUUUUGCAGUGCCUGCAAAGAGCAUCCACUGAGAGUCCUACACACCAGGAUAUCCGUGUCAACAGACUAUUAAUUCAGCAUUAUUGAAGGAGAUGAUCACAGUUUACAGCACAUGAAAUCUGUAACUGCACCUCAAAUGAACGACUGAAACAAAGAAAUGUUUAAAUUUUUUAAUUUGCGUUAAAACAAAUGUAGUCUGAAUGAUUUGAACUUGUAAACAGUGUCACAAUCUCUACCACUCAUAUUACUACAUUGAUAAGAUUUAUUACAUAAUAUAAGAGUAACAAUGUGUGACUCGGGUUUGCAUGGCACACUAACUACUGUGAUUUUUUUUCCAAUUUCUUUUGAACCCUUUUCCAAGAAAAACAUGAAACAGGUGUGGAGUUUCAUAUAAGGCACAUACAGUACGUGUAUUUGCUAACCCAAGCCAGUGUUUUUCAGAGGCUCAAAUAUGACAUUGAGAUUAGUUUUCCAUUGCAUUAAAAAGACUCUAUGGUUAGUGUUGGAUUUAGUUGCCUAGUGUACAGCAUGUUGAAGUCUGGUCUUUUGAGUUUCAUCCAAACACAUGGCCGUAAGUAUCUUCACUCUCAAGUGUUGGCUAAACCUACACAGAAAUAAACUUGCAGCAUAUUCCAAACAUUGGUAAAAUACCCUGUAACAGAGUUUGACUUGACGCUAACCGUGCAGUCCUAAUCACGUUAUUGUAACAUGCUCCUAUGUCAAACGGGUUAUGGGAGACACCCAUUCUAUGACUGGCGAGGCUCAAAGGCUUUUUGAGGUGUUCUUUUAACAUUUUUAAAAAAGUUAUUAAAGGAAAUAAAUGCCCUCACAUUGUG